CCAAGGCAUGUAAAAAUUUGUUUAUACAAGUUUUUUUUCUCUCGAUUUUGAGGGAAACCUCCAAAAGCUUAACAUAGAAAACCUCUCUUUCUUACGAAAAAUCUAAGCAUGUUUUAGUAGUAGUAGUUAUCAAGAAAGAGAAGAUAUAUAUAUAGGAAAAAAGAUUGUCUCUACCAAAUUCCAAUGCCCAUGUCUCUUGUUUCUGUUGCCACAUUGUCUUAAAACAAGCACUUUCAAAAGUUCCUUGCUUCCCUGUAGAUUUCUCAUCAGUUAGUGGGUUUUGUUUUUGGAUUCAAUUGGGUGUCGUUUUUGGGCUGAUGGGUCCUGUAAGAGGGUUAAAAAAGAGAAGGAAGAUAGAGAAGAAACCCGAGGAAAAUGCUUCUGCUUCUGGUUCUUCAGAGAAGGAAGGGUCUUUUGAUUGCUGGGAUGAGCUUUCCAAGAGGAUGAAUGGUCUUCAAUGCCCAUCUAAAGGUCAUGAUAAGUUCAAAUCUGUUUUCAAUAUUUCCAGAAGAACCUUCAACUACAUAUGUUCACUUGUGAAAGAAGAUAUGACGGCCAAGCCAGGAAAUUUUACAUUUGCAAAUGGUAAACCUGUGUCUUUGGAAGAUCAAGUAGCUGUAGCUUUGAGAAGGCUGAGCUCUGGUGAAUCACUAGUGACAGUUGGUGAUUCGUUUGGGCUGCACCACUCAACUGUCUCCCAAUUGACCUGGCGCUUUGUGGAGUCUAUGGAAGAAAGGGGUCUUCACCACCUGCAAUGGCCUUCCACUGAACCAGAAAUGACAGAAAUAAAGUCCAAAUUUGAAAAGAUUCAAGGUCUUCCUAAUUGCUGUGGUGUGAUUGACACUACUCACAUUAUGAUGAGUUUGCCUUCAUCAGACCCUGCAAGUAAAGUGUGGCUUGAUCAUGAGAAGAAUCACAGCAUGGUCUUGCAGGCAAUUGUGGACCCUGAAAUGAGGUUCAGGGACAUAGUCACUGGGUGGCCAGGUAGAAUUGAAGACUGGUUGGUGUUUCAGAGUUCAAAUUUCUAUAAACUGUGUGAAAAAGGAGAGAGAUUGAAUGGGAAAAAACUUGAGAUCUCUGAAGGAUCAGAAAUAAGGGAAUACAUAAUUGGGGAUUCAGGCUAUCCUUUGUUACCCUAUCUCAUUAUACCUUACGAGGGAAAAGAACUACCAGCAUUAAGAGCUGAGUUCAAUAAAAGGCAUUCUGCAACUCGGCUGGUGGCACACAGGGCAUUGGCAAGGCUCAAGGAAAUGUGGAAGAUCAUCCAAGGGGUAAUGUGGAGACCUGACAAACAUAAGUUGCCAAGGAUCAUCCUGGUUUGCUGCUUGCUUCAUAACAUUGUUAUUGACUUGGAAGAUGAUGUCCAGGAUGAAAUGCCUUUGUCUCAUGACCAUGAUUCGGGGUACCACCAACGGAAUUGUGGCUUUGUAGACAUCAAGGGUGUACACCUGAGAGAUAAACUUUCUCUCUACUUGUCAGGGAAAUUGCCACCUUAAUUGUUUUCCAUUUCUGAUGCCUAUCUGUGUUUCUUUAUAUGCAAAAGGUUUAAGUAGGAUCUUUCGCAGACAAAUCGAUUAAUUGAGGUUGUUUUCUUUUGUUUAAUUUACAAUUAUAAAAGCUAAGAUAAGCAUUGCGUUUUUAUACAAGGCUCCUCAUAUUAUAAA